AAACCUUGAUGUUGGGGAAAGGAAUUUGAUCCCUUAAAAGGGUUUCCAGCGGGCGUGGGCUGGGGGUGUACAGGGGUUCCAUACAGGUUCCCUCCAUCCCCUAACCCCCCCGACUGUGACUUUGGACAAGCUGAGCCUCAGCUUCUGUGUGCCUUUCAUGAGGGGUCCUUGUAAGGACCACAUGACAGUGUGUGACCCCUAGCACAGUGCCUGACACAGUGAGCUGUCAGUGCUGGUGACUGCUGACACUGUGACUUAGAUGCACUGCCUGACGACAGCGAGGCUGCUUCGGGCCCUGGCCCAGGCCACACGUGCAGGGCACCCCGGUGGCCGGAGCCUCCACAGCAGCACAGUGGCAGCGACCUACAAGUUCGUGAACAUGCGGGAGCCCUCGAUGGACAUGAAGUCGGUGACCGACCGGGCGGCUCAGACCCUGCUGUGGACUGAGCUCAUCCGAGGCCUGGGCAUGACCCUGAGCUACCUGUUCCGGGAGCCGGCCACCAUCAACUACCCAUUCGAGAAGGGCCCGCUGAGCCCGCGCUUUCGGGGGGAGCAUGCGCUGCGCCGCUACCCAUCGGGAGAGGAGCGCUGUAUCGCCUGCAAGCUGUGUGAGGCCGUCUGCCCUGCCCAGGCCAUCACCAUCGAGGCCGAGCCGCGGGCCGACGGCAGCCGCCGCACCACGCGCUAUGACAUCGACAUGACCAAGUGCAUCUACUGCGGCUUCUGCCAGGAGGCUUGCCCUGUGGACGCCAUCGUCGAGGGCCCCAACUUCGAGUUCUCCACGGAGACGCACGAGGAGCUGCUGUAUAACAAGGAGAAACUGCUCAACAACGGCGACAAGUGGGAGGCCGAGAUCGCCGCCAACAUCCAGGCGGACUACCUGUACCGCUGACCCCCGGCCACCCUGCGGCCCAAUAAAGCAGCUCUGCCCUCCCA